AUGGGAAGACCAGGGCCCGCCGAAGUGGACCAGAAGAGUCACGACCAGCCCUGGUUCCGAGUCACUGGAAGAGACAACCGGCCCUGCUCGGCCAUGAAUGAGGAGGGCAGUGACUUCGAGGAGGGUCAAGUGCGAAAGGUCGAGGCCACCGAUGGAGCCGUGGGUGGUUGCAGAAACGCGAGGACUCGAGGGCCAGACCCGGGAGGGCGAAGUUCAUGGUUGCUGGUGGUGCUCAAGGCCUAUUGGAUUCCAUCAAGUGCGGAGACCAAGCAUAGGUCACAGAACAUCCCAGAGAUCAACCGACUCUACGAGACCGUCUUCAACCAGCUCACCGAGCGGUACUACAACAAGACGAAGUGGCCAAGUGACUACGCAGUCGCUCAGGCCUUAGGGCAGAACGAGGCGCUGUUCUUGAUCCUCUACAAGGAGCUCUAUUAUAGGCAUAUCUAUGCCAGACUGAACCCCGUGUCCUUUGAGGACCGCGUGGGCUCGUGGAAGAACUACACGCAGCUCUUAGAUUUGAUGAUCGAGAACCUCUCGGACGGUGAGGACUUAGGCAUCGCCCUGCCAGCGCAGUGGUUGUGGGAUAUCCUGGAUGAGUUCGUCUACCACUACCAGACCUAUAGCACCUACUGCCACAAGACAGCCAAGAUGCAGAAGGAUAAGGAGGUCAAGGAGCUCCGGGACAAUCCCGGCAUUUUCGAGACCACCAAGGUCCUGAACUACUUGCAUCAGUUGGUUCGCUAUUCGCUCAUCGAGGAGUGGUUGGUGAACCCGGAUGGCGGCAAUGGACAAGGUGCAGCCUUCACUGACGAACCCACUCGCCUUAUCGGCUACUUUGCCCUGAUGCAACUCUUGCGGAUGCACAGCCUUUUGGGUGACUACCGCUUGGCCAUGGAGACCAUCGAGAGCAUCGACUUCCGGGCUGAGGUGCCGCUGUUCUAUCGCAUCCCUGCCUGUCACGUCACAGUCUUCUACUACCUGGGCUUCGCGUACAUGAUGAUGCGGAGAUAUGUAGACGCGUCCAGGACCUUCUCGGACAUCUUGGUGUUUUUGUCCAAGAUUUCGGCGGUGAACUCCUUGUCCUAUCAGUAUGACCAGAUGCUGAAGAAGCAGGACCAGAUGUAUGUCCUGCUGCUGAUUUGCAAUGCGCUUUGCCCGCAACCCUUGGAUGAAUCCCUCGAGAAGCCCAUCCGCGAGAAGCAUGCAGACAAGCAGAUGCGCCUCCAGCAGGGUGUCGAGGCCUGCUUCGAGGACUUAUUCUCUUACGCUUGCCCCAAGUUUGUGGCGGCCUCCAUGCCCGACCUUGAUAACUUGGACAACUUCAAUGCCAACGAGGCACACCAGCGACAGCUGCACCUCUUCCUUCAGGAGGUGCGACAACAGCAGGCCCUGCCGACCAUCGGAUCUUACAUGAAGCUCUACACCUCCUUGCAGACCUCCAAGUUGGCACAGCUCUGCGAGAUGGAUGGUGAGGGCUUGAGGGAUCAGCUCAUGUGCGUGAUGCACAAGACCCGUCAGCUGGUUCACCAGAAAGAGGGAACUCCCUUGGACGGAGUCCUGCAGCCCUGCGGCGAAGUGGAGUUUUACCUGGACGGCGACAUGGUCCACAUCAAUGCACAGAAGCCACAGCGGCCUCAUGCAGAUGUCUUCUUGGAGCACAUUGUGAAGUUCCAGGACAUUCUGAAGCGUGCGGACCGCCUGCAGAAGGGCGGCGCCGCAGCAUAA